AUGGAUAAGGCAGCAGUGCCAAAGGAGAGUUCAUCAGGAACAACACUUAUGAAUCACUCUGGAGCAUCUAGUAAAAGUACCAUGAUACUUCCAGUUUAUGUGUCACAUAAAGAAAACCCAGAAAGAGAGUUAGUUUUUGCACUACUUGACACGCAAUCGGAUACAACCUUUAUUUUGGAGAAGACUUCAAGGGCCCUCGGACUUGCAGGUAGACCUGUGAAGCUGAUGCUUUCUACUAUGUAUGCAGAGAACAAGUCCAUAGAUAGUUAUCCCAUAUCCCGACACCGAAAGUUGCGAGAAGAUGGCCUCAUCUGGAAACUAAUUGCAGAUGAAAUUCUACCUCUGACUGAUUGCGAAGUUGGAUUACUUAUUGGUUACAAAUGUGUAAAGGCUUUAACGCCUAGAGAUAUUAUCGUUCCAUCUGAAGACGGACCUUAUGAACUGUGUACAUCUGAAGCAUCAAGGCAAGACAAUGUUGUAUUUUCCAUACGGAACAAGAUAAAGGAAGUAAUCAACCCUGAAGAGAUAGUUAGGAUGCUUGAAGUGGAUUUCAGUGAGAACUUUAGCAGUUCAAAACAUGUUUCCUACGAAGACAGAAAAUUUCUGGAUAUCAGGGACAAGGGGAUUCAUAAACAUGAUGGGCAUUAUGAAAUGCCAUUGCCUUUCCGAGAAGCGAUGCCAUAUCUGAGCAAUAAUAGAGACAUGGCAUUUCAGCGACUACAAAGCUUGCGGAUACGACUGGAGAAAGACGCACAGAAUAACGAGCAUUACGUUUCCUUUAUGAGAGAACUGAUAUCAAACGGUUUUGCCGAAAGAGUGCCGAAGAAGGAAAUUGGUGUCGAUAGUUGUCAGGAGUGGUACAUCCCACACCAUGGCGUAUAUCAUCCGCAAAAAUCAGGAAAGCUGCGUGUAGUCUUCGAUUGCAGUGCAAGGUAUAUGGGACAGUCAUUGAAUGACCAUUUGCUGCAAGGACCUGACAUGAUGAAUAUGCUUUUUGGAGUUUUGUGUCGAUUUCGCAAAGACCCAGUGACCUUUGUUUGUGAUAUUGAGCAGAUGUUUCAUCAGUUCAAGGUGAAUGUUGAACAUAGAAAUUACUUACGAUUCUUGUGGUGGGAUGAUGGCAAUUUUGAUAAAGGAUCCUACUACUUACCGGAUGACUACUUCUAUGUCGACGACGGACUAAAGUCGGUAGCUACUCCAGAGGAAGCCAUUAGCAUCAUAGAGAGAAGCAAAGAGUUGUGCAGCAGAAGUGGUUUAAGGUUACACAAGUUCCUCUCAAACUCAAAGGAAGUUUUGGAGAGCAUUCCAGCUGAAGAAAGAGCAAAGGGACUAGCAGAUAUUGACAUACACCAUGACAAGCUUCCCAUGGAAAGAACUUUAGGUAUACAGUGGUGUAUUCAGACAGACGCAUUUCAGUUCAAGAUUACCCUGAAGGACCGUCCUCUUACUAGACGAGGUGUUCUUUCAACUUUGAGUUCCGCAUUUGACCCACUUGGAUUCAUAGCACCUUUCGUUCUAGUUGGGAAACAAAUCUUGCAGGAAAUGUGUAGAAACCAGACAGAUUGGGAUAGCCCUCUUCCAGAGAACUUGAAGCCUAGAUGGAGAUGUUGGAGAAAUGAUCUUGAGCAGCUUGCUUCCUUGGAAAUCAAGAGAUGUUUGAAACCCGAGAACUUUGGAGAUGUUGUUAUAGCGGAGCUACACCAUUUUGCAGAUGCGAGCACUAUCGGAGCUACGCCACUCAAGCCAGUAACCGUACCUCGUUUGGAACUUACUGCUGCUCUCGUUUCUAUUAAGGUCAGCUCCCAACUUCUGGAAGAGCUUGAAAUUAGCAAUGUUGUUGAGUGGUUCUGGACAGAUAGCACUGUUGUUCUUGGAUACAUUGCUAAUGAUUCUCGGCGAUUUCAUGUUUUUGUUGCCAACAGACUUCAACAGAUUCGUGAUUACACAGAACCAUAUCAAUGGAACUGUAUCAGUUCAGCAGAGAACCCAGCAGACAUGGCAUCACGUGGUGUCACAGCUGAUGAGUUACGAAAGAGGAAGGAAUGGUUCAGAGGACCCAACAAGCCGAGUUUAUCGGAUGAUGACCCAGAGGUUAAGCGUUGCCAAGUGUUCGGAACGAAGGUAGAACCUAUGGAGUGUACAUCAUUGAUGGACCAUUUAGAACGUUAUUCUGAUUGGACCCAUGCCAAGAGACUCAUAGCAAACUGUCUUAAGUUCAAAUCAUUACUUAGGAAGGAUGCUUGUCAGAAGGGGACAGACGCAGUGCUUUGCAAGGAGCAAGGAUUGCCAGUAGCAUUAUUAGAGGAGGCAGAAUUGACUAUUGUAAGAUUAGUUCAGAAAGAGGCCUUUAGUGAAGAAUUGAAAUUUCUUAACGACAUCAAGGGAUAUGAGGAAGUUAACAGGAAGAAAUCCGUUCGAAGGACAUCCUCCCUUUACCGACUUUAUCCAUUUCUGGAUGAGAAUGAUGUUUUGCGAGUCGGUGGUCGUUUGCGGAAGGGAGAAUUUACGUCUUAUGUAAAGCAUCCAGUCAUUUUACCAAGGAAGUCUCAUGUAACAAGGCUUAUCAUCAGACACUUUGAGACUGCAAACUCUCUCGACAAUAGUUCAUUUAUCAACGCUCUGCGCAGAUUUCUAUCGAUACAUGGACCAGUAAGACAACUGAGAUCAGAUAGAGGCACCAACUUUGUCGGGGCUGAGAGAGAACUCAGAGAAUCUUUGGAAGAAUUAGACGAUAGUCGUUUGAAGCAGUUUCUCACAGCUGACGGAUGUGAUUAUAUCCAUUUCAAAAUGAACGUUCCAUCAGUGAGUCAUAUGGGCGGAAUAUGGGAAAGGCAGAUCAGGACAGUUCGGAAUGUGCUUUCUUCCUUUCUUUUCUUACAGAACUUUGGUGCUCAGUUAGACGAUGAGGCUCCUAGAACCUUUUUCUUUGAGACAAUGGCUAUUGUCAACAGUCACCCACUUACCAUUUUGAACUUGCACGAUCCAUUCGCCCCUGAACCCAUCACACCGAACCACCUUCUAACCAUGAAGUAUAAGGUUGUUUUGCCACCACCCGAUGAGUUUCAGAAGCCUGAUUUGUAUUGCCGCAAGAGAUGGCGCCGCAUACAAUACUUGACCAAUGAAUUCUGGAUACAGACAUAUACAAGUGAGAAUGGAUUGGUCCUGAGUGUAAAGUUAGCCAUCGGGGAUAGCAGUUUGGACAAAAACGGCAAGAGGAACGGUCAGCCUUCAACACUAGAGAGACCUGUUCAUAAGUUAGUCUUGUUGCUGGAGAACGAGACCGGGGAAAACCCCAACAAGGAGCCAUAG